AUGGAAUAUUGUUCUAUGGGUGACUUAUCAAAUUUCAUUAAACGACGUGGUGGUGAUCCUAGUUCAAAUACCACUACCUCAUCGAAAUCCUCUAAUAACGGUUUAAGCGAAUAUAUUGUUCGACAUUUCCUGAAGCAAUUAGAUAUCCAAACGAAGUCAUUUGUGGGUUCUCCUGAUCUUCCAAUUUUAAAAAUUGCCGAUUUCGGUUUUGCUCGUUCAUUACCAUCAACUAGUUUAGCAGAAACAUUGUGUGGCUCACCUCUUUAUAUGGCUCCUGAAAUUUUACGAUAUGAAAAAUAUGACGCAAAGGCAGAUUUAUGGAGUGUAGGCGCAGUUUUAUAUGAAAUGAGUGUCGGCAAACCUCCGUUUCGUGCGCAAAAUCAUGUUGAAUUGUUAAAAAAAAUCGAACAAGGUGGUGAUCGAAUUAGGUUUCCUGGUGAUCCACCUAGCAUGGGCCACACUGAUUCUGAUCAAAUUGAUUCAGACAAGUUAUCACUGAAUAAUAAAGUCGUGUCUUCUCACAAUAAUGUGGUUAGUGAAGAAUUAAAAGAUUUAAUAAGACAUUUAUUGAAGCGUAACCCCGUCGAACGAAUUUCAUUUGAGGAAUUCUUUAUGCAUCCUUGUGUUGCUGGUGAACUUGUUCGACCAAAUCUGUUACCUCAAACAUCAUUAUCGAAAGAAAAGCUAAUACAAGAUAUCCCUAAAAAUAGUAAUGAUAAGCGUCACGCUAGAGAUAGGUCUAUAUCAUCGCCCGUACCUUUAACUAUUAAAGAUGAUGUUGGAAUUGAUUAUUCUAAUCGAACACCCCAAUUACACACUAAAAACAAUCAUUCCAGAAAGGACUUUGAAGGAUCAUCGAAAGGAAUAACAAAUGCAUUGGGCGGCGAGUAUCCAAAUUCCUUACAGAAGAAAACAUCUAGGGAUAGCGUUAAGAACCAGCAAAACAAUUAUCGGUCUACUAAAUUCACCAGCAAUGUAUCCGGAAUAGUGCAUCCCCCUCUUGAAAAAUUUGAGAGACUAAAUGAUAUAUCCAAACAUAAUGAUAACGAUAAUCUUCAAGUUCAAACAGAUCUACAUCCUUAUUACGAGAACCCGUCUCCCUCGCCAUCUUUGUUGGUGCAACAACCUUAUGGACAAGAUGAUGCGUCAAAAAACAUUGAUGGCCAUCCUCAACGUUUAAGUAAUGCAGAAGAAGACGUUCUUUUUGAAAGAGAAUAUGUUGUUGUCGAGUCGAGACGUUGUGUUGAAGUUAAUAAAUUAGCUGAUGAACUUGCUGCGUCACCUAAAUCUGCUGGAUUAAUACAACGACAUCCAAAUAAAAACGCGGCGAUUGUAUAUACUGGUCCUAUACCUACAAAUCCAAUGGAAUUUCAGUAUCGAACACCAAAUACGAACACUUCAGGUUCAUUUUUUUAUUCUACUACGCCGCCUUUCGCUUUACCAUUUACUAGUCACGAAAGAGCUGGUUCUGGAAGCGGAUCAUCAGCUCUUGCUAAAGCUUUAUCCGUUGCUUCAACCCGUUUAUUUGGAACGGGAAACUCUCCGCCCUCAUGGAGUGAUAAAUAUUCAAAACAGAAAGGAAACAUGAUUACCUUUCCAAAUGACAUGACCAUUGACCCUGAAGAGGAAGUUGUUGUCAAGAAGAUUGAAGAUUAUGCUCAUAAAGCACACGUGAUUUACCAAUUUGCAAACACUAAAUUUGAUCAUCUUUUGCCACCACUACCUACCGCUAGCAGUGAACUUAUGAAUGGCCAUGCCAUUUCAGCUGAAUCUGCCGCUAGAAUGGCACAUGAAGCGUGUGUUUUAUAUUUAAAGUCACUUUCGCUAUUGCAGAAUGCCAUGGAUAGCGCUGGAGAAUAUUGGGCACGUGUUAAUGAAAAACAGCCUAAUGGGAAAGGGGCAUCUCCUAGAUUUAAUCAUGAAAAGGCAGAGUACACUAAGACAAGAUAUUUAUCAGAAGAAGAGAUGAAUAUUAACGGAUGUUUCGUAGAAAAAUUGCUCUAUGAUAAAGCCUUGGAAAUGAGUCGACAAGCUGCGAUAAAUGAAUUAGUUUCUGAAGAUUUAGCUGGAUGCGAGCGAGCAUAUAAAGCCGCCAUUCAUAUGCUAUAUGCUAUUUUAGAAAAUCCUGUGGAAGAUGGUGAUGCAAUUGAAGAAGAAGAUCGACUUACA